AUGUAUCGCGCAUCAUUACGUUCCUCGGCGCAACUCGCCCGCACCAUCCGCCACCCAACCGUGUCCGGCGCCCCCCGGCGGUUUGCUUCAACGGCGGCUAGCAGCAAUGGCACGUGGAAGGGCACCGUGGCCCGAUGGAGCGUGGCCGCCGGCGCCCUGUACUGGUACACCACGAGCCCGAUCUUUGCCGACGAAGCGGCGCGCCACAACUCCCUCAGGAGCAGAUCGACAUCGACGACGACAUCUGCCGACGCUGCCGCGAUUGCUCCCCAGGACUCUGAGUUCCGCACCAUCGACUCCCUACUAGAAGAGAAGCAGCGGGCCGAGGCGGAGAAGUCUGCAGCGGCGGCAGCGAAGAGCAAGAAGGCAGACACAGCAGAGACCACGUCCUCCAAAUCGAUACCUCCGGCUCCCGGUGGCGAGGGUGCGGCGGUUGUGGGCGACGGUUCUCCCGAGGCUCUGGAGGAGGAGGCUAGCCAGCAGGGCGCGUUCAACCCGGAGACUGGCGAGAUCAACUGGGACUGCCCGUGUCUCGGCGGCAUGGCCGACGGCCCGUGCGGCGAGGACUUUAAGGCGGCGUUCAGCUGCUUCGUUUUCUCGACCGAAGAACCCAAGGGCAUGGACUGCAUCGAGAAGUUCCAGCACAUGCAGGACUGCUUCCGCAAGUACCCUGAGAUCUACGGCGCGGAACUCGCGGACGAAGAGCAGGACGCCGAUAACGCGGGUCCCGACGACCAGCAGCGGCCCGGCCAUGUCGAAGGCGUUCCCGAGGGCGCUGCAGCAUCCGAGUCCCAGCUGCAGCCCAAGCCUGCCGAUGUGACGACUGCGCAGUUCGAAGCAGCACCCACAGAGACCAACCCGACUACCAAGAGCGAUGCCGCCGCUGAGAACAACGCACCGGCAGCAUCGACCGGCCCGGCGGUGGCCGCUGAAGCUCCCAAAGACGACGUCGUGCAAGCCGAGGCCAACCAAUUUGCGAAGACGGAACAAAAACCUGCCGAGGCUGUUGACGAUGGCCUCGUGCCCACGGCCGCUUUCGAUGCGACCGGCGCCAACAAGAACUAA